CAUCAAAUCCCACCCAUACGAAACCAUUCCCAUCUCUUCUUACUUUUCCCUCUCCUUCGUUUCACACAUUUUCUGGGUUCCCAAACAGAUUUUACGUACAGAGAAGCAAGCAACAUGAGGAGCAAGGCGGGCCACCGAAACGGGUUCUUGCACUUGAUCGCGCUGCCCAUUAGGGUGUUGGGGAAGGCCAAAGAUUUCUACGUCCGGAGCAUCAUAAAUUGCUCCGUAAAGGUGAGCUACAGCGGCUCCGGCCAAGUCUCCGACUUGCCGAAGAGCUUCAGUGUUAGGUCGUCGAAGUCUACGGAGAGCGACGAUUUCAUGGAGCUUAUAAGAGCCAACUCCACCCGGAGUUUGGGCAGUAUUGGGGCCGAGAUGGACCUGUACAUGCUCCGGCAGAUGAGCGGGCAGCCGCCCACGGCGGAGGUUGUGCCCAGAAGCUCCACUGUUAAGAUCAUGGGGAGGAUUGACGAAGACGAGCCUUGCGAAUUUGGAGAAGACAGUGUGAAGAUGAGAUCCGAUCUGUUGUAUCCUAGAAGCAGGAGUUGUGCAGUGACAAAGAGCAGCGCUGUUUUCUGAAGCUUUUUUUUCUCUUUCAGAAACUUGAAAGGGUGGGUUCAGAUCAGAUUGAGGAUUGAAUGAGACUCCUCUCGAAUCCGAACUGAAUUUGCUUCUUUCUUUCUUUCUUCCAUUAAUUUCUCCUGUAAAUGCUGCCAAUUAACGUGGCCGGCUUGGUUUGUGAAAUUUACGACACAUUAAAGGAAUUACUUCUAUA